GACACUCAUAGGCUUGCCUUACUAUGGCCAACCUGGAUACAUUUCAACCAACUGGUCUGAUUGGUGGUACCUUGAGUGCACUUUCAUCACUUGAAGACAAAGGCUUCACUUCGAAUGAGCUUUUGGGAGAUUCGGCCUUCGUAACCACGGGUUUACUGGGGAGCGAAGCCAGCCAGCAGGAAGACGUAGAACUUGCUGACCAAAUGCCCGUGGAAGAUGGCUUUGUCUCUAACGGUCUGCUCGGAACUGGGGAUAGCCAAGAGACUCUCCCAAAUAGUCCCCCAGAAUCACAAGAUGAUUCCCUUCCCAAUGUUUCCCAGAUUCUCAGGUCAUAUAUAAACCCUGACGGCCCAUCAAGUAUUCCCCCUCCGCCAGAAGAGACAGCUUCUGAACGCCUUGCUCGCAUUUCCGUCAAAGCAACCACCUUUGAUGGUAGACCUCUAUAUAUUCGGAGAAAGCGGGAAAUUAGGCGACGAGACACUCAUGAAGUCUCUCGUCAGCAGAUGGGUAACCUCCUUGAUGUGCCGUUACACAGGCUCAUGGACCAGCUGUCGGCGACUGCUGCUGCGAAGUUGGCAAACCCCAGCGACCCAGAGACAGCGAAAUCGACGAAGGGCGUACAAGAUAAGCUAUGGGUCGACCGCUAUCGUCCCAAAAUUUUCGCGGAUCUCCUUGGAGACGAACGCGUUCACCGAGAAACCAUGGCAUGGGUGAAGGAGUGGGACUGGUGUGUUUUCGGCAAGAGAAAGGGAAAGAAGAGGGCGCGUGACAACGACGAAAAUGCAGAUUACAAUGAUGAAUACCACCGGCCGAGAGAGAAGAUCUUGUUGCUGUCUGGACCACCAGGACUGGGCAAGACGACGCUCGCUCACGUUGUUGCGAAACAAGCAGGGUAUUCCGUGUUUGAGGUCAACGCAAGUGAUGCUCGUUCCGGUCAGGUCGUGGAUGACCGAAUAAGACCAGCGUUAGAAACAGGUGCUGCAAUUGGCAGCUCCAAACCUGUCCUAGUGGUCAUCGACGAAAUUGACGGAGCCACUGGGGCAGGCGAGAAUGCAAGUCGCCGUCAUCUUGUUUCAUAUUCCCAUGUAGGCGGAUUUAUCCACAAGCUCAUAGAGCUCACUUUGGAUAAGCCAAGGAAGAAACCGAAGCUCCGCCAACAUGCGCGUAUAGUCCGCUUCAAUCGCCCAGCGGACAUACAUGUUGUCAAACGCCUCCGAGAGAUAUGCGAGAAGGAAGGCCUCAAGGCUGAAUCACGAGCGUUGACGACGUUGGUGGGCGUUGCGAAAGGGGAUCUUCGCGGAUGCUUGAAUACACUGCAGUUCGUAAAGGCGCGUAAUCAGGAGGUCACGGAAGCGACAAUACGAGCGGCCACUGUGGGCAUGAAGGAAGCGGACACGUCCUUAACCUCCGUGCUGAAUGGUUUAUUCGCUCCACUAUCGAAGAAACGCGUCAAAGAGGCCGGCCUAACUGAAGAGGAGGAGAGCCGGUACGUCGACCGUCUCAGCAGGGAGAUCGAUGGCUCGGGUGCAACAGAUAAGGUAGCAAUGGGAUGUUUUGAACAUUACGCCAACCUCCGCCGACAUGAUGCAACCUUCGCUCGGUACGACAAGGCCAACAGAUGGCUCACAGCGUACGAUCAAUUAUCCGGCGCUAUGCGUUCGGAGCGAGAAUACUCUUUGAUGCCGUACUUAUCCUAUUUCUUGAUUCCCUUUUACCCGCUUUUCCAAGAGAGAGGUGGGCCGAAAGUGGAACGCCCUAAGGAUGAUUAUGAGAACUACCUCAAGACAAAGACGAAUGCGGAGAUAUAUCAGAGUCUCUCGAGAUGCCUGAGAGUGGCCUGCAGUCGGAGAGGAGGGGACUACCGACACCUCGCGUCAGAUCAAGUGAUGCAGCUCGAAUUCGCGCCUUACAUUAACAGAAUAAUCUCGCCUCCACUUCGGCCGGUAAAUCGUCAAGUAAUCCGCCCUGAGGAGAAGACGCUCCUGUCGAGAUUGGUGGAUAUUAUGGUGUCCCUAGACUUCCAGUUCGUUCAGGAUAAAGGAGAGGACGCCCAACUUGUCUAUCGACUUGAGCCACCGAUUGAUGUUUUUGUUACUUACGAUGGCAAGCGGACCUCGGACAUUGCAGUCUCCAGAUACGCCGUGAGACAGUUGGUGGCGGGGGAGUGCAUUCCCAAGGUGGAAGCCCAGUCUAUCGUGAACCAUGCCGUGGCGGUAGAUAAGUACCGCAAGUCCUUUGUUUCGGCGGAAGAUGGCCAAGAAGACAAUCAGGACGAAAAUGAGCAUCUGGAACAGGAUGGCAAACUUGUACGGCCCCAUCAGUUAACGUCCUCACGAGUGCCAGCGAAAGACCCCGCUGCUACGAACGCUAAGAUAGACAUUGCUGACAGGCCGCCGGUGGACUUCUUCGGAAGACCCAUCACGAAACCCGGGAACACUUCGUCCGGGAAACAUACCGCAAGAGGCGUCGUGCAGCCGCCAUAUCGCAUCAGCUACAAGUUCCAUGAAGCGUCCCGGGUAUCAGACUUGGAUAAGGGCACUUGGGAGUGCCGGGGUGUUCCGAGGCGUGUCAUUGACACGUCUCGACUGGGAGUCUGGGACUCAUUGACAUUGCCCACACCAUCUAUUGAGCUGGCAUAUAAAGAAAUGCCACUUCGGACUCGGAAGAAACUCAUCCCUUCAACCUUUCAACGAGUGUCUCCCCGGGAACGACCCAUACCGGCGGAUAAAACAUACAGCGUUGCACAAACCCUCCCGCACGAGGUGAUUCUACUUAUCCUCAGGGAGUGCCUAGAAACCGACUCGAACUGCGAGCGCCUGCACGCCAUCGAGCCUCCACUUGAAGUACAACUGUCCUCAUUUCUGGAGGACCAGCGAGCUGAGGCACUAUGGAAUCAAGAAACCCUCUUCCCUCUCCUUCUCGUCUGCAAGAACUGGUACGGACCGGCCAUAAGUCUUCUCUACACCACACCCGUGCUCAAGACGCUCGAGGACGUAGACAUGCUCGCCAGCACUCUGACCAAGGAUCCCGAACUUUCUCGUGUGGUGCAGUCCCUGUACUUGGUGGAGGAUGUUCACCACGGGCGGUUAAGCCUCCCGACCAUAGUCGACAGAGCACGACACGAGCGUCACCUCCGCGCUCUCCUCGAGGCUUGCCCUUGUACGUCUCUAACCAUACUUCUGCCGCUCUUCAAGCCCGAAAUCCGUCUGUAUACGCUAGGAAUUGCAUCGUGCCUCCAAAAUCUUACCUUAAACGGGCGCCAGCAAUGUCUUACGUUCCCUGGGCCCAAUUUACGCCUACCUCCCUUGCAUGCAGAAUUCUUCAGUGCAGUCCUCGAACUCCCUUGCCUGCGUGAGCUCUGCCUGGUAUACCUGGAAGUCCCGCCAUUGAAGUGGCCUUCACUGCCCGCCCUUCGCACGCUCCGCUUCGUCCUCUGUCAGUUCACACGAGACGCCUUUGUCUUGGGCCAGACCCCGGUCCUGCGGACGCUGGAACUGACAUGCGUCUCGAUCUACGGGUCCUUCUACCACCUCGUCGAGGCCCUGCAGUCGAAGUCCGUCGCGACGCUGGAAUCCAUCAAGUUCGGGGGCGGAAGACUGUGGUUCAUGAAGUUUCUCUCGAAGCUGGAUUUCGCGGCCCUUCCUGCGCUGAGAUCGCUCACCCUCACUUUCGAUAUGACGAGCGGUGUCCAGGCGGAACGUCCCCCGCACGGGCUAGAGCGAGCUUCGCAGAUCCAGGAGCUCACCAUUGUCUGUGCGCCCCGCUCCCUUGACAUAAAUGAACUACACAGAGUUCGGGAGAAGGAGCAGAAGUUUGCUUUUUUUAUCACCAAUUUCAUCAGCGAUCCCGAAGUGCUUCCCUCAUUGAAGCGGCUGAAAGUGGUAGGGGACUCGGGAGUGUGGGAGAUGAGCGAAGAGACGGAACGCUCGUUAUCAAGGAUAGACGUACUUGCUAUCCGUUGUGAGCGCCGAAACGUGAAGCUAGACAAACAACUGACUCCUCGCGGCAGGUGGUUCGAAUAUACACCCCUUGAAGCAAGCCUUGCCACGUCGCCUGUCAGCGAUCAUGUAACCAACCGUAUAAUCCCAGUGUUGACAACAUCAGCAUGCAUAUUAAUCACGUCUGGCGACGCUUUCGUCAGAACUGCCGGCAUCGCAAGACGACAGAUCUUGAUGUCCAGAGGUAUCACAGUGGGCGUCUGGUACAAUGGGAGCGCUAGGGCAACCUUGGAGAAAGUUGUCUCCCUCGGCCGAAAGCCGAAGGGUCUAACUCAGGAUACUCGCCCGCAUAAAAACGAGGCGCACGUCACUGCAUCGUGUUCGCGGUUCCGGCUGUUUCCUGCUAGUCUAGCAUAUGCCGUCACGAUGAUAAUCCUACCGGAAGAGGACGCGUCCGGAGCGAAGAACCAGGCCGUCCAGGACCUCGAGGCAGGCCAGAGUCCUGAAGAACUCGCCAACCCUCCCCCGCCGUACUCGAGUCACAACGGUAGUACUAGCUACCAGAACACGGACCUUUGUUACGACGUUGAAUGUGACCGAGAUGCCUCUGUGCGCGCGGAGACGAGGUUCUGGCGUUCAAUGGCCAUCGCAGUGUUGAUUUGGUCUACGUUUGGCCUGGCUCUGAGGCUGGCAUUCUGGAAUGUCCAUUUCUCGUUGCUUCCCAGUGCUCCAGACAGUGCUGUCGCGUUGCCGACUGAAGAAGACGGCGAGGUCAUCCGAUGCAUACACAGCCCCGAGUGGAACUACACCCACCGACCCGCAGACGACCCCAUUUUUGCUCUGUCCAACUCCAACACGAGCGCGCCUGCUAAGCCAAAGUACAAAUGGCGCGCGCGUUGGCUGUCCGACACAUCAGACCCGUUCAUCCACAACGCGACCGCGUCCUUCCACAUUCCCCAAGCGACCAAGCUCUUUUUCUUCAGCCGCGGCACCCUCUCACGUGGGUCAGUCGACUUUAGCGUGGGUACCGCCGACACCGUCAAGGUCAGCGUUGACGUCGUGUAUAUCAGCAAACGGCACCUCGACAGGGCGAGCGUGUGCCUGCUUCGGCGGGACGAGGGACAAGUGGGGGUCGGGAUUUAUACGCCAGAAUUGACAGCGAAGGAGCGCAGAUCGUCUCGGGAAACGCCUUAUUACUACCACAUCAAGGUCGAGUUCCCGCCACAAGUCGAUACUCUACCGGUGCCGCCUUUCAGCCUGCCGGUUCCUUCCUCCUUUGAAGUAUUAGGGUUAUACGGGAAGGUUGAUUAGCGUUGCAUGCGACUUGUACCUCAUGGGUGUUAUGAUAUGUAUUUGGAGAAUCAAGUCACUUGUAAUUUUCCAGCAUGGCACACGUCAUACCGAGUCCCUCCC